AUGGCGGGCCAAAAGGGCUACCGCAUGGAGCCAUUCUCCUUCGCCACCUCUUCUGUCUUGGAUCUGCCCGUAAAUGUGAGAAUCAAUACUUUGGACGGCCAUCAGAAACCCAUACCCUACUCUAUACUACUCAAGAAUGCUGAACUUCGACAUCUCGGAUCGAAUACCAAUCCUCAUUUCGAGCUCUAUGUUACAGCUCAAAUCUGGGCCGACAGCAAACCUCUGACCGUGCCUGUUCAAACCGCAUACAAACACUUUAAGACUGCUCGAAUAUGGAACGAAUGGCUAAGUUUGCCCAUGCCCUAUUCGAGUCUCCCUCUAAAUGCCCAGCUCGCUAUCACCGUCUGGGACCUAUCCCCUAUCGGCGCAAAUGAUUCGCAAUUUCAUGCAAUACCAUUUGGUGGUACGACAGUCCCUCUAUUCGACAAAGACAACACUCUACAGAAAGGUCGGCAACGAUGUCGCCUGCAUCGUCAUAGAGCAGCUGAUGGCCUGUCGGAGACAAGUACACCAUGGAUACUACCUCCCGUGCGGGGGCGGAGAGGCGAGAAGACCAAGGUGGAGACAGUGGAUGAGCGUGUUGCGGAGAUGGUGAGGCUGGAAGCGCUAGUGAAAAAGCAUGAGAUGGGUGAAAUUCCGGAGUCAAAAUGGCUGGAUCAAAUGGUUUUCAGGAAGAUUGAGAGACUUGAGCGGAGCAUCCUGACUGAUACUCCAAGACGGCAACAUGAUUCGAACGGCAGUCAUACGGAUCGGCUGCAGCACGCUGAUACCACGAACAACGACCAGAAUGACGAGGAACAGUUCUACCUGCACAUAGAGUUCCCACGUUUCGAUCACCCUAUUGUAUUCACGGACACGGAGUAUCCAGCGCCUCCAAUAUCUAGUAUGCUCCAUAGCGGUGGGAGUAACUCUGAAGUUCGUUUAAAGCCACCUCCAGAGGUUUCGUUUGGGCCUGGCAUCAACGUAGAUGGGGAGGCCUUUGGCGAUGGCGACUCUGGGCGCCUUAUUCGCAUCUAUGACCCAGAAGUCGGUAUGAGGGACAAUCCAGCUGAGAGCAAGCACAGAAGAUUGAUACGAAGUCACCGGACAGGAGCGCUAGAUCGCGAUCUAAAACCAAACGCGAAGAUCCGUGACGAGCUCAAUGUGAUCAUGGCUUACGGUCCGACGCACGAGUUGAUCUCAGAUGAGAAAGAUCUGGUGUGGAAGUUCCGUCAUCAUCUCACUCGUGACAAGAGGGCCUUGACAAAGUUUGUGAAAUCCGUCGCCUGGAACGAUCAAAACGAAGCUCGACAAGCAGUACAAAUGCUACCAAAAUGGACUGAGAUUGCUGUGGACGACGCUCUUGAGCUCUUGGGUCCAUCCUUCACGAACCCUGCCGUUCGCGCUUACGCUGUUGACCGACUAAAGAAGUCAGAUGAUGAUGAGUUGCUUGUGUAUCUUCUACAACUUGUUCAAGCCCUGAAAUAUGAGACCAUCGCCUGUGACACCGAAGACAGUCCUGAGAACGACUCAUCACUGGCCCAGUUUUUAGUCACUCGAGCAGCAAAUAACCUUAUGCUGGGUAAUUACUUGCACUGGUAUCUCAUGGUUGAAUGUGAUGACUACAGCGCGGAACAAGGUCCCGAACACCGCAAGUUGUUUGCUAAGGUUGAGUUCGACUUCAUGACUUCGCUGAACAAUACACCGGAUGGCCCGCAAAGACGGAAAACGCUUUUGCGACAAGCAGAAUUCAUCACGAUUCUCACCAAAGCUUCGCGCGAGAUCAAGACCUCUCGUGAAGACCGCCCUGGUAAGAUCGAGCGCUUAAAGAAGUUCCUAGCAGAUCCGAAGAAUGAGCUUCUUCACAUCGAUCCUCCUAUACCAUUGCCUCUGGAUCCCUCGAUAUCCAUAAAUGGCUGCUUUCCAGAGGAAUGCAGCGUUUUCAAGUCUUCCAUGUUACCUUUACAAAUUACUCUUCGGACUACCACCGGAGCAAAAUAUCCCAUCAUUUUCAAAACUGGAGAUGAUCUAAGACAAGAUCAACUCGUCAUGCAAAUCAUCACACUUAUGGACCGACUCCUCCAGAAAGAGAAUCUUGAUCUCAAGCUCACACCGUACCGCAUCCUUGCGACGGGCGCUUUCGCUGGCGCCCUGCAGUUUAUUCCUUCGUCAUCCAUAGCUGGUGCAAGUGCGAAGUAUAAGGGUUCUCUUCUCAACUAUCUCCGCGCAAACAACCCAGACGAAACGGCCCCACAUGGCGUUCGUAGAGAAGCAAUGGACACCUACGUCAAAUCAUGCGCUGGCUACUGUGUUAUCACAUACCUUCUUGGUGUCGGUGAUCGCCAUCUCGAAAAUCUUCUGCUUACCCCAGAUGGUCACUUCUUCCAUGCCGAUUUCGGCUACAUUCUUGGCCGUGAUCCAAAACCAUUCGCCCCACUGAUGAAAUUGUCGAAAGAGAUGAUCGAUGGCAUGGGAGGUCCGCAAUCUCAACAAUACCGACAGUUCCGCGAACAUUGCUAUACAGCGUAUACAACGCUGCGAAAAUCAGCGAACCUCAUUCUUAAUCUUUUUGCUCUAAUGAGGGAGGCCAAUGUGCCCGAUAUCAGGAUCGAGCCGGAUAAGGCUGUGUGGAAGGUGCAAGAGCGGAUGAUGCUUGACUUGAGCGAAGAAGAGGCUAUCAGACAUUUCGAGGCGUUGAUCUUGGACAGUCAGGGCGCCAUGAUGCCAGUUGUGAUUGACCGUCUGCAUGGUCUUGUUCAACACUGGAGAGCGUGA